GGUAAAUGCACUUUUAAGUUGGUUUGCCAACCGCUAAUAAAAUCAAAAGAAGAAGAAGAAGAAAAAGAAGAAGAAGAGAUUUGAUGUUUGCGCUGGUCAUAUAGAACCCCUAAAACAGAUAAUACAGCAGCUUGCAGAUGUCUGAGCAUGUCUAUGAGAAGUUCCUUGCUCCAGAAGAGCCAUUUCCACUGCUUUCACAACGAGGAAACUUCAGUGAAGAUGCCACACUGGAUAUUAGCGACUUUGGGUGUCAGUUGUCAUCGUGUCACCGAACAGACCCUUUACGCCGCUUUCACAGCAGCAGAUGGAACCUGACGUCAUGCGGCACUAGUGUUGCCAGUUCAGAGUGCAGUGAGGAACUCUUCUCAUCUGUUUCGGUGGGCGAUCAGGAUGACUGCUACUCUCUCCUGGAUGAUCAGGAACUCGCCUCCUUUGACCUGUUCCCAGAAGGCAGUGUCUGCAGCGACGUGUCCUCCUCCAUCAGCACUUACUGGGAUUGGUCAGACAGUGAAUUUGAGUGGCAGUUACCAGGGAGUGACAUAGCCAGUGGCAGUGAUGUGUUGUCAGACAUCAUACCCAGCGUGCCCAGUUCACCCUGCCUUGUAUCCAAAAGAAAAAACAAACCACACCGAAAUCUUGAUGAGCUGCCCUGGAGUGCCAUGACUAACGAUGAACAGGUGGAAUAUAUUGAGUAUUUGAGUCGAAAAGUGAGCACAGAGAUGGGACUUCGGGAGCAACUUGAUAUCAUAAAAAUAAUCGACCCGAGCGCACAGAUACUGCCGACAGACAGCGAGUUCAUCAUUGAACUUAACUGCCUCACAGAUGAAAAACUUAAACAGGUGAGGAGCUACAUCCGUGAGCACAGUCCACGGCAGCGUCCCAGCAUGACACGUGAUGGCUGGAAGAGGAGCAUGGCGAGCAGUGGCAGCACCAGCGGUGUCAGUGCUCACAGCAGCAGUAAUGCCAGCAUGGUAAGCAGUGCCAGCAGUAGCACCGCUUCCACGGGGUCCAAUUCCUCCACAAGCAUCAGCCGUGCACACAGUGAUGGAAACCUGGCCACUGCUGCAGAGCGAAUACGAGACUCUAAGAAACGCUCCAAGCAGAGGAAAAUGCAGCAGAAGGCUUUACGUAAGCGCCAGCUGAAGGAGCAGAGACAGGCUCGCAAAGAGAGAUUGAGCGGUCUCUUCCUGAAUGAGGAGGUCCUUUCACUUAAAGUCACAGAGGAGGAAGACCAUUGUGAUGAUGUUGAUGUAUUGAUGUGACGAGAGUGAAUUAUUCAGUGUUCCUUCUAAGCCUCUUCCAUGCAGCAAUUACUCUGUUCUAGACAUCUCUCGGCAAUCAGGGGCCUGAUGUAUAAAUGUUGCAUAUGCGCAAAAAAGGCAUUGAAAUGUGUGUACGCAAUUUUCCACGCACAUAUCAGGAUUUAUAAUAAUAAACUUAGCUUAAAUAAGUGCGCACCGUCCGCACACUCUAGACCAUGCAUACGCACUCUUUUACUGGAGUGAGCGAAGUAAUGAAGAAAACAGAAUGAUUUUAAACUCUGUUUUCAUUUUGAUACACAUUUAGAUUAAAUAUUCCACUCUCAUUAAUGGAGUUAAAGGCACAGUAUGCAAGUUUCGCUGCUAGAGGUUGUUUUUUCAAAACAAUAAUAAAGGCGUGAAAUCAUGGUAGUUCUUGGUAGUCGUAUUCACCUCCACAGCCGAUGGAAAGCAAUCCAAUGAGACUCGGGCAGAAAUUAUGCUGAGCUAAUGUAUUAAAGUUUUAUUAACAUUAUUGUGGUAUGAAGUGGGGUGGGGCCAAGAGCCUGGGACAGUUUAUGUUGCUGUUUUUAUAAUGCUUAUAUGCCGCAGUCAGCCGCUGCUGCUCCUUACGUUUUCUUGUUUAUUUUACAAUUAAAGUUAUGUUUAGCUUCCGCCUCCUUCCCUGAACUUUGUUACAGUUACAUUUGAUCACUUAAAUUCACAUUAUUUUAUUUCAUUCUGAUAAAACAGCCGGAAGUGCUGAAUUACUACUCAUGCAGGUCACUUUAUCUGACAAAUUAAAAUUGUGGGGUAAAGCAGCACUGUUUUACUUGGUCAAAACAAUCAUACUAAAAUACUUAGAGUCUGUUGAAAGUCGUUUCAACAUUACUUUGUGUGUUAGGUUCGGUUGCUGGUAUGAGACACUUUUUGCACACUUCAGUAAGCUAGAUCGAUAUGAGAAUAUAUUAAUAAAAACUGGAUGACUUGUGUUGCUAAAUGGCAUGCAAUUAAUUUUAAAAUAUAUUGUAUGGUGGAGAAAAUGCUGUAUUACUGUUACUACAAAUAAAGCUCUUUCUGAUUAUGCUAUGUUAGCCACUUGACAAAAUAGUGCUGUCUCUGAGGCAUGGUACAAACAUGUUACUCGCGGUAAAUCAAGAAAACGAGAUUCAAAUAAAGCCCUAUUCGGACAGUAAGUGUUUCUCAUAGGGAUGUAAGGUAUUUUCAACAUUUACAGGGGCUGGUCAGUGAUUUUAUUGCUGUCCGAAUCCAGAAUGUCAGUGUUUUUCUCCCACCACCCACAUAAAAAUCCCCGGCCAAAUUACCUACUGUUUUCCGGCAAAUGCCAAGGUCGUGUAAUAAUUUAAUUGCAUCCGAAUCCACAUCUCUCUAGUUUACAAGAGGAGAUCAAUUCAAAAUUCACAGUUUAAAUGCUUUUUGCACUGUGGAACACCGUACGAUAACUGUUGUACUUCACUGUAAUUUGCAUGAAUUUUAAAUAUGUACACUUUUAUUACUGAAAUGCUGGGAAGUAUUUACAAGAACAAUAUUUCAUCACCGCUCCACCUCAGCAAAAGGAGAAAGAGGAAAAAAAAAACACGUAAACAUUUGAAAUGUGCCGUUACAGCAAUACAAUUUUAAAAUGUAUUAUAUACAAAUACAUUAAAAUAUAAACCAAGCAGCUUUGUUUACCUCAUAUAAAUAAGAGGCUGUGUUAACUUAUUUCUGCUAAUUUUCAUAUUUUUAAAAUGACAUCCAUCGUUUUGAGAUAAAACGCAAGACAGAAAACCAUUUCAACUAUAGUGUGUCUGUCUUCCUAUUUUUAAACAGGAGAUAUAAAUAAUCACAUAAUAAAUAGGAUAUUAUUUUCCUAUUAUUAAGUUAAAUAUGAAUUUAUUUGUACUAUUCCAAGCAUAUGAUAUUUUAUUUACAGCAGACAAUCACGCGGCCACGUGAGCAGCACGUUCCUGGGUUCGUAAUGUUGUUGGAAACAUUUGGGAUAAUGCAUGUACGCAAGUCAACAAAAUGUCUAAAAUAUCCAAAAACCGCUAAAACAAUGUUAAUCCAAAAAUCUUACAUAUUGUGCCUUUAAGAACUCAAAUUACAUUGUCAUUAUCCAGAAGUUAAACAAAAAUUAUAUGAAUUUAGAAAAAUGUUAGAAAAAUUUGGAUGUGCUGCUUUUCCUUGUGGCAUGCUACGUUUUCAUGUUUUAGUGACAGCGAAGAGUGCCAGGUGCAUGAUUCCUCUUUAAACUAAAUUCCAGAGCUCAUGUUCUAAGAAAAUAUUUCUCGCGAGAACAAUAAUCAAUGAUGCGCUCUUUCAUUCAGUGGUAGAACGGUCCAUUGGCUGGUUUAAAUAGGUCCGAUGAUAAUACUGUACAACCACUACUGCAUGGAGGUGUGAUGUUGAUGUCGUGUGCAGGCAGACAAUAUCUUAAUGAUAACUCUUUCUGUGAUUUUCCAACAUUAUGAAAAAUACAAUUGUAUUUGAAGUAUAGAGGAGUCAGACAAUUAUAUUUACACUGCAAAAAAUAAGGCCAAUGUGUUUCCAUUAAAGAUAUAAAACAUUCUAAAACAUAUAUUUACCUCAUAGGCAAAAUUGCAUUCAUUUUAUUUGUUUAAAACAAUUAAAAAUACUAUUUGGCCAGUGGAAAAGAAUGAGAAUAACUCUUCUCUGAAAACUUUCUCUGAAAAGUAGGCCCUAUUUUAUAAAAAUUUUCUUUUACGGAUAUGUUGAUAUAUUUAUUCUAAAACGAGACAAGGAUACUAAAUAAUUUUUAGCAAUGUAUUGUGACUGCACAAAUGGCAUUUAUAGUCCGUAUCUCAUAUUUUCCUAAUGUCUUGUACCCUUAAAAAUGGCAUCACGUGGUUGGGAAUAUGCAUAUGGAAAUAUGUAGAUGACGUUAUGCGUAAUAAAACUAGGCAUUGUAAGCUCCAUAUAGUUAUUUCAGGAAGAAACGGGGUGGAGAUGCAUGUACGCACAAUCUUCUGCUGACUGGGUUUUAUAAAGGGAAUUUUGCACAGGUUCUGGCAAAAUCUAGCUUUUGUGCGUAUUCACACAUUUAGGAGGAAAUUACGUAAAAUUUUAUACAUGAGGCCCCAGAUCUUUAGUUGUAAUAAUAAAGUCUCUCUGAAGUUAAGCUAAUGGUAAAUAUUGUCUGACCAACAUUUCCAGUGACCAUUUAUCAUCUCUCUAAAUGUAAAUUAAUGUACAUCUCAUCAGUUGUCUAAAGUAACAUUAUAGGUGCACAUACCUACAAAUGAAAUCGUUUGCAAGAAGAGUUGUGCAUGCAGUCAACAGACCCAUAAAAGACUGCUGCCUCUAAAGUUGUUUGUACUUGAUACAUGUUAGUAGUCAGUACCAGUGGCAGUGAAGUUUCAUGAUCCUUGGUACCACAGCAAAAAUGUAUGUGCUAUUGAACACACUUUACUUGGGAAAAUAAAAAUGAUUAAGCACACAAUUGCAUCUGUUACCAAGUUUAAUCUGUACUUGGUACAGUUUGAGUCAGAACCACAUACUGUAAAUGAUAGGUUUUUUUUUAAUGGUUUGCCACGCUUGUGAUGAACAUGAAUCUUUAGAGUGUAAUAUGGUGAGCAUUAAAAAAAAAUAUAUAUACAGUACUGUGCAAAAGUCUUAGGCCACCAUUAUAUUGUUGUUUUAGCAAUAGUAUAAUUAUUUGUCAGUCUCUUUAUUAGAAUAUAACCAGAAAAUACAGGAAAUUUGUAUGCAGAAUUAAAAACAGAAAAAAAAAUCAGGGAAAAAAAUGACUCUCUUAAACCUAAAUGGAAUGGAAAAGUACUGCAAGGCAAAGAAAACUUUCAAAAUCUGAUGAGAAGUUUCUCAGAUUUUCUUCUUUGAGAGACUGGAAGAAGUCCAGGAGGCCACACUAAAUACUGAUUUUUGCUUAAAGACGUGUAAUAUAUAUAUAUAAUAUAUCCAUCCCUUGUGCCUUAAUUAAAAAAAGUUACACAUAGGCCCAUAGUGGACAAAAAUGUCCUUGUCAAAAAAUCUGUCAUAAAAAAGUUUGGUCUCAUUUUAAAGAAGACCCUUGGCAGAUUAUUGUUGAAGAAAAUUUUAAAAAGUGAAACUAAAAGUUAUAAAGGUUAUAAAAUUGUUUAUGAACAUUAUUUUAUAUAAAAUAUAUAUUUUAUGAAACAUGUUGAACUGUAAAACUGCUAAAAAAUCAAAGCCAUAAAUCUAUACAAGUUGUGUUCCAAUUUUGAAGUUGAUAUCUCAAAAAAAAAAAAAAAAAAAGCUUUCAGUAAGAUUUUGUUUGGGUGCAGUACCAAAUUUUCCCCAUUAGAUGCCAGCAAAUCUCCGCUGGUACACACAGCGUUUGGAUUUGUGAUUUGCAGUAGAGUUUUUCUCUCUCAAAUAUUACACACACUCACAAACACACACAAUGUUUUAUAACACACAUACAAACCACACUGACAUCCAUACCAACACACCCACACAAUUAUAGCUGCAUAAUUUAUCCAAUCGGCUCUAUAAUAUGCAUAAGCAGAAAUCAGGAAUAAAGUGAGCAGUUGCUUUAUGGGAAAAAAUUCCAAUAAAAAUACACACCUGAGCCAACAUUUAUGCAGUUGGCAUUAACACAGGCAAAAUGAUCAAUAAAACAAAACUGAAAAAGACAAAAAAAUGUCCAUAAGGCCGCACAAGGGAGAUAUAUAUAUAUAUAUAUAUACAGUGGGUACGGAAAGUAUUCAGACCCCCUUAAAUUUUUCACUCUUUGUUAUAUUGCAGCCAUUUGCUAAAAUCAUUUAAAUCAUUUUUUCCUCAUUAAUGUACACACAGCACCCCAUAUUGACAGAAAAACACAGAAUUGUUGACAUUUUUGCUGAUUUAUUAAAAAAGAAAAACUGAAAUAUCACAUGGUCCUAAGUAUUCAGACCCUUUGCUCAGUAUUUAGUAGAAGCACCCUUUUGAUCUAAUACAGCCAUGAGUCUUUUUGGGAAAGAUGCAACAAGUUUUUCACACCUGGAUUUGGGGGUCCUCUGCCAUUCCUCCUUGCAGAUCCUCUCCAGUUCUGUCAGUUUGGAUGGUAAACGUUGGUGGACAGCCAUUUUUAGGUCUCUCCAGAGAUGCUCAUUUGGGUUUAAGUGGCUGGCUGGGCCAUUCAAGAACAGUCACGGAGUUGUUGUGAAGCCACUCCUUCGUUAUUUUAGCUGUGUGCUUAGGGUCAUUGUCUUGUUGGAAGGUAAACCUUCGGCCCAGUCUGAGGUCCUGAGCACUCUGGAGAAGGUUUUCGUCCAGGAUAUCCCUGUACUUGGCCGCAUUCAUCUUUCCCUCGAUUGCAACCAGUCGUCCUGUCCCUGCAGCUGAAAAACACCCCCACAGCAUGAUGCUGCCACCACCAUGUUUCACUGUUGGGACUUUAUUGGACAGGUGAUGAACAGUGCCUGGUUUUCUCCACACAAACCGCUUAGAAUUAAGGCCAAAAAGUUCUAUCUUGGUCUCAUCAGACCAGAGAAUCUUAUUUCUCACCAUCUUGGAGUCCUUCAGGUGUUUUUUCAUGUGUCUUGCACUGAGGAGAGGCUUCCGUCGGGCCACUCUGCCAUAAAGCCCCGACUGGUGGAGGGCUGCAGUGAUGGUUGACUUUCUACAACUUUCUCCCAUCUCCCGACUGCAUCUCUGGAGCUAAGCCACAGUGACCUUUGGGUUCUUCUUUACCUCUCUCACCAAGGCUCUUCUCCCCAGAUAGCUCAGUUUGGCCGGACGGCCAGCUCUAGGAAGGGUUCUGAUCAUCCCAAACGUCUUCCAUUUAACAUACAUGAAAAUCCCUCACCUUUCAGCGAAAUUCGCCGUUUUGAAACCAAAAUAGGUGACCUACGUGAAUCGUGUAGAUUCGAUGAGAAAUUUUUUUUGGGGGGGAGGGGGGGGGGUAUUCAUAUUCAGUGAACUGCGAACAGGUGCGCGUGCCAGAAGGGAGCGCAAGAUUCAGUGAACUGCAAACUGCGAUUCAGUGAACUGCGAACAGGUGCGCGUGCCAGAAGGGAGCGCGAGAUUUAGUGAACUGCGAACUGCGAUUCAGUGAACUGCGAACAGGUGCGCGUGCCAGAAGGGAGCGCAAGAUUCAGUGAACUGCGAUUCAGUGAAUUGCGAACAGGUGCGCGUGCCAGAAGGGGGCGCGAGUGCAUGGAAAUAUUAACGCGAAGGGCCUUGCAUCACCAGUGCAGACCACCAUCAGAAGCUGAAAGCACGCCUGGCCUCGGCGAUUUACCUGACUGAAUUUGGUGAGUGAUGGUUUCAAUAAUUUUAAUAUUUUCUGGUAUAUCAUGUGAUAUUUCAGUUUUUCUUUUUUAAUAAAUCUGCAAAAAUGUCAACAAUUCUGUUUUUCUGUCAAUAUGGGGUGCUGUGUGUAUAUUAAUGAGGAAAAAAAAUGAACUUAAAUGGUUUUAGCAAAUGGCUGCAAUAUAACAAAGAGUGAAAAAUUUAAGGGGGUCUGAAUACUUUCCGUACUCACUGUAUAUAUAUAUAUAUAUAUAUAUAUAUAUAUAUAUAUUUUUUUUUUUUUUUUUUUUCCUCUGUAUAUUUGAUUUACAUUAACAAAAAAAAAAAAAAAAGCGUUUUGACUCUUGCCCAGAAGAUAAAACAUACAGACAUCUUUUUGUAAUGGCGCAGUUAAAUGUGCAUUGUACCAUACACAUUCAAAUUCUUAAAUGGUGUUUAAAAACAAAAGGACAAUGAUGAAUAUUUGAAAAUGUAUUUCAUCAUGUUAUACAAUGACAUCUUCACUGAUCAUUUUUUCAUAUGUACAUAAUUUAUUGUGUAAUUACUGUUUGUAGAAGUACAUACGAUAUGAACUCAGGCAUAGAGGGAACACUGACAAAUGAAGUCAUUGCCUUUGUUUUGCGUCUACUUUAAAUUUCUUUGAAAGGUCAUACAAUAAUGUUUUGGAACUCUUUGACAUUUAAAUUUCACAUGAAAAACUAAUAGAACACACUAACUUUAAACAUGUUUGUUGACUUAAUAUUUUUGAAAAUAUUACUUAUGCUUUCUUAGCAAAGGUGGAGAAAAGUAAUAUUUCAAAAUUUUUAUUGUGAUUUAUAUUUAUAUAAUCUAGAAGUGAAGGGACUACUGUUUAGUGUAAAAAAAAAAAUAAAAUACACACAUUCAGUUGUCUUACAUCUUGUAAUUUUAGGUUAGAAUUUAUUUACAAAACUUCUUUUUUAAAACCUUAAAUACAGUAUGGUUAUUUAAGCAUAUAAUUUAAGCUUCCUUUAUUGCAAAUGUGCAGAAAACAACAUUGUCCAAAAAUGAAGAGAUUCAUCUAAAAAAGUAUUUUCCCUUUGAUCUCUCUAAACAUAAAUGAGCAGAUAUUCAAACAAUGGGAUGAUUCCCAAAAAUGUUUAGUUGCAAUGUGUCUAAAUAAAAUACAUUUUUAGAGAAGAGAUUUUUUGUUAUUUGUUACACUAUUUGUAAGAUUAGUACUUUUGAUCCAGACAUACAAAUGUAUAAGGUGAAGUUAGUAUGAUUUAACUGCUUUGCUGAAAUGUCUGAAUAUUCGUAAUUCCUUCAAAUAAAAUUAAAGUAUGACAUGA